GGGACAAGAGAAGGAAAUAAGAAAUUAAAUGGAUCAGUAAAGAUAUGAUCUCGCAUAAGCAGACGUGUGAGUUAACAUUUGGUUAAAAUGUAAUGAAUAGAGCAAGCAGCAGGGCGAGCAGUGCAGGCGUCACGUGACAUCGCGUACCCAAUAUGGCGGCCUCCUCUGUCUUCCAGAGAGUGAGAACAGGCUCUAAAAUCGGCGCUCAGUAUGACCAAGAGGGAAAUAUCAUUCAGGUGGAGACACGUGAAGAUGAGGAGCAAAGCAUCAAGCUGGCAGAAAUCCUGGAGCUGUUACUGGCUGCUGGAUAUUUCAGAGCACGCAUCAAGGGCCUCUCACCAUUUGAUAAGGUGGUUGGAGGCAUGACAUGGUGUAUCACAACAUGCAGCUUUGACGUAGAUGUCGAUCUGCUCUUUCAGGAAAAUUCCACCAUAGGACAGAAGAUAGCUCUGACGGAGAAGAUCGUUUCUGUGCUACCCAGGAUGAAGUGUCCUCAUAGGCUAGAGCCACAUCAAAUCCAAGGCCUUGAUUUUAUCCACAUCUUUCCUGUCAUACAGUGGCUGGUGAAGAGAGCGAUAGAGACUCGGGAGGAAAUGGGAGACUAUGUGCGUGCCUACUCCAUCUCUCAGUUCCAGAAAACGCACACCUUUCCUGAGGAUGAAGAGUUUGAGCAGAGGAAACAAAAAGCAGUAAGAACAGUACUGGAUGUGUCUGGAGUGUAUGCUCCCCAGAGGCGGUAUAAGAGGCAGGCUGAUGCAGGAGAACUGCUGGAUGAAGAGUCCAGGGUUCAUUCCACCCUGCUUGAGUAUGGCAGGCGUUAUGGAUUUAGCAAGCAGUCUAAACAGGACAAAGCUGAAGAGAAGAAGCUGCUAUUGGCUCAGGGAGGUCAGAGUCUGCCCCCUGGCAUGACUGAAGUUUCAGAGGAAGAGGAUCUACAAGCAGCAGAAGAGCUCAGAAUCAAAGCUCUCAUGACUGGUAUGGCUGCCAUGGCAACAGAGGAGGGAAGGCUGACAGCUAACACAGUGGGGCAGAUUGUGGGGCUGCAGUCUGAGGAAAUAAAGCAGAUUGCUUUUGAGUAUGCUGAAAAGGCAGAACGCUCUGCCGAGGAUCGUACAGAACGGUAUGGCCCUGUGCAGCAGCAUCGCCGCAUGGUUACAUCACUUAACAAACAGAUCCAGCAGAAGACCAAAGAACUAGAGGAGAUGCAGGCCAAGCAGCAGGAUAUAAGAACAGCAUGUGAAGAGGCCAAGAGCAAAUUAACUGAGGCCACUGAGCUGGGUGAGCAGUUGGAGAAAGAGCUCGGUUCUUUGGCAGAUGUGGAGGCUCAAGCUGACUCUGGCUUGCUCGAGAAGCUGCGCGCUCUUGUGGCCAUGAACGAGAAUCUUAAACAGCAGGAGCAGGGGUUCCGCACACAUUGCCGCGAGGAGAUGGCACGGCUGCAGCAGAGUAUUGAGAACCUAAAGAUAGAAUUUGGAGAUGAAGCUGAUAAUCAGAAGGAAAGAAGUCGAUUGAUAGAUCAGCAGUACAGCACAGACCGGGAGAAGCUGCAGAAGAUCCGUCUUCUGAUGGCCCGGAGAAACCGGGAGAUCGCCAUUCUGCAGCGGAAGAUUGAUGAGGUUCCCAGCAGAGCUGAGCUUACACAGUACCAGAAACGCUUCAUUGAACUCUACAGCCAAGUUUCUGCGACACACAAAGAAACCAAACAGUUCUUCACUCUCUAUAAUACUCUGGAUGAUAAGAAGGUCUACCUGGAGAAGGAGGUGAAUUUGCUCAAUUCCAUCCAUGAUAACUUCCAACAGGCUAUGGCAUCUUCAGGGACUAAAGAGCAGUUCCUCAGGCAGAUGGAGCAGAUAGUGGAAGGAAUUAAACAGAGUCGAAUAAAGAUGGAGAAGAAGAAACAAGAAAAUAAGAUGAGGAGAGACCAGCUGAAUGAUGAGUAUCUGGAACUGCUGGACAAACAGAGACUCUACUUUAAGACUGUGAAAGACUUUAAAGAGGAGUGCCGUAAGAAUGAGAUGCUGCUGUCCAAGCUGAGAGCAAAGGGAGCAUCCUGAAAGUUUUACACAUUUAUUUUUCUCUAUGUUCAAACUGUGGAUGUGUAAGUUCACUGUUCCAUACACAAACUAAUAUUCCAGUGGGAGCGAAGAUAACAGCAUGCAAUUGACUGGGCCCAAAACUAGAUUUGUAGUAUAUAACAUGCAUACAUGUUGAUAUGUAGCCCAUUUGUGGAGUUUUGCCUUCUUUUUUUGUGUCAAAAUACUAUUGAACCAAUCCCUAACAGAGGUCUAUUACAAUGCCAAGCAUACUUGCACAUGUGCACUUCCCCAAUGUAAACUGUGUUUAAAUCAACAACUCUAGUGGACUCUUUCUACCCCAUUUUUUGUAAUAUUUACACAAUUAAAUAAACCAUCAUGCCUUUA